AUGAAUGGAACUGGAAAAGGACAGGCCACCACAGGGGCAUUUCAGUAUGUAGUGAGAAUAGACCUGACAGGGGUUGGGUUAACUGGUUCUUUGCCCACCACGUUAGGAUCACUGUACCAACCUACUGCUAUUGUGCUCAGCCGCAACAGCUUCUCAGGCUCGUCCAUUCCGAGCCAACUCGUCCAGUUAACGAGCCUACAGGCGCUUCUGCUCACCGACUGCCAGCUGGUUGGGUCCAUACCUGACAGCCUGGGCAGCAUGACGAGCCUGACGUACCUCAGCCUCGGGCAGAACCUGCUGGAAGGUCCGGUACCUCCGUUCCUCUUCACAUCUCUACAAUCCCUGGCAUUUCUCAGCCUGAAUAACAAUAACCUAGGCGGGGAGAUUCCCCCAGAGAUCGCCUCAGCGCCUCAGCUGCUGAAUCUGUCACUUCAUGUGAACAACCUGACUGGAAGCAUACCAAGCACGUUGGGCAGCGGAGGUGGAGGGUUGCAGCUGAGACAAUUGCAGCUGCACCAGAAUCGGCUCACAGGGACGAUUCCCAGGUCUGUUGGGAACCUGCUGGCGCUUGAAACGUUCACAGUGUACAGAAACGCGCUGUUGGGACCUCUUCCGAUUUUCAUGGGGGACCAAGCCUUGGUCGUAGGCCUGGUGCUGCCGAACCUGGACCUGGAAGGCUCCGUGGCGUCAUCAUUGGCGAACCUGACGUCACUAGCAGCCAUAGUUUUGAAAAAUAACAACCUAAGCGGCUCCAUUCCGGAUUCCCUAACGUCCUUAACCAAGCUCACCCUGCUAGACGUCAGCAACAACCGCCUGUCCGGCCCCUUGCCUGCAUUCUCCUCCCAAGUCGAGCUGGUUACCACCGGUAACAGUUUUGGACCAGCGCCAACACCAGCUCCUUCCUCCGCUCCUUCCCCACCAUCCGCCCCCUCCCCUGCCCCUCCUUCCUCCUCCCCGCCUUCUUCCCCCUCCCCUGGCCCACCCUUCCCCCCAGCACCACCAUCCUCCCCCUCCCCUGCCCCAUCCUCCUCCCCUGCUCCCCCGUCCACCUCCCCCCCAUCCUCCCCCGCGCCCCCAUCUUCCCCUUCCCCUGGAGUCCCUUCCCCCCCUUCCGCCCCCUCCCCAUCCGCAUCAGAGGCGCCUGGGGGGGCAGGUGGAGGGACGGGAGCAGGGGCAGGGUUGGUGGCGGGGGUGGUGGUGGCGGCAGCAGUGGUGGCGCUGGUGGCGGGGCUGGCUGUGGGAUGGUGGUGCUGCGUCCGGCCAGGCAAGGGCAAGAAGCCUCCCCAAACGCACCCCGACCUUGCCGCCUCCUCUGCAAACGCUUUGACAGCAGCUAGACUCGCAGCAGCAGGAGCAGGAGAAGUAGAAGCAGGAGGAGAAGGAGCAGCAGCAGGAGCAGGAGGAGCAGGGCAGGGGGCAGGAGCAGUGAUAGCGAGUGCUCGGUUGGCACUGGGGGGCGGGCUGACGAUGAGCAUAGAGGUGAUUCGUGAGGCAACGGCAAGGUUCUCCCCCAGCCACGUGGUGGGGAGGGGCGGGUUCGGCACGGUGUACCGUGGGGACAUGCCCGAUGGGAGCACAGUGGCCGUGAAGAGAAUGGAGGCUGGAGCGGUCACUGAAGCAGGCACACGCGAGUUUCUGGCGGAGGUGGCAGUGCUGUGCAAGGUGCGCCAUCGCAACCUGGUGGCACUGCUGGGCCAUGUCAUGGACCACCACGAGCGCCUGCUCGUGUUUGAAUUCAUGGAACUGGGGCCGCUGAGUCAGCACCUCUUUGACCCCACCCGCCACGGCCACCGCCCACUGACGUGGACGGAGCGGCUUGUAGUAGCCGUGGACGUGGCGAGGGGCGUGGAAUAUCUGCACAGCCUGGCAGGUGGCAGAGACUCCAUCGUGCACCGCGACUUAAAGCCCGCCAACGUGCUUCUGGAUGGGAGGCGGCGUGCCAAGGUGGCUGAUUUUGGCCUGGCGAAGCUGCUGCUGCGACCGAUGCUGCCGCCCGGGGGAGGAUCGGGGAGGGAGGGGGGGUGUGGCGUUGGGAUGGAUUCUGAAAUUGCUCCGUCGGUUGAGACGAGACUGGCUGGCACGUUUGGGUAUCUGGCGCCUGAAUAUGCAGCCAUGGGUCGUGUGACAACACGCUCGGACGUAUACAGCUUUGGCGUUAUCCUCAUGGAACUGUUCACUGGGCGGCGAGCCGUGGACACAUCCCGGCCUGAUCUCUCAGCGCAUCUGGCCGCGUUCCUGCUGCCCAUCAUUCCGGACCGCUCCAAGCUUGUCCAGGUGGUGGACCCUGCCAUAGCAGCAGGCAUGGCGGAUCAGACCAGUCAGGCGUUUGCCUCGCUGUGCACGGUGGCAGAUCUGGCGCUGCACUGUGUGGCUGCAGACCCGCGCCAGCGACCCUCGAUGACAGACGUGGUCACUGUGCUCGCUCCACUCGUCAGAACCUGGGCCCCUUCGGAGGCCGUUCAUACACAGCAGCAGGGGGAGAGUGAAACAAUGGGGAUGACCCUGGAUGUUGCAGUGCAGUACUGGAAGAGCCUUGAUGAACAGGGAUCAUCAGGCAGCUAUGGUUACACAUACGGAAGGAGCCAGGAUCACAAGCACAGUCAGGCCCUUGCAGACAGUAGCAGCUCAGGGUUUCAUGGACGGGUUGGCAUAUACGGCAGCAGCAGUGAUGAAGCAUGUGGCAUACAGAGUGACUUCUCGCCAGUCUUCCAGUCGAAUGAGCGGAGUGCUUCGAGGUAUCAUGACAAUCAUGAGUCAGGUGUUGAUGUGGAAUCGCCCGUGGCAUCUGUUACUUGUGGCGGUUUAUUCUCUUCUGGAGGCCGCGAGCAGCAACAAGUGGUGAAACAAGAGGAGCAUUUGCUGUUGCUGUCAUCACGGGAUGGAGGGGAAGUGAAUGGACAGCUUGCCUCAAGAACAGCUGAAGUGGAAGCCACUCAGGGCAAAGUCACUGAGCUUCCCAUCAGGUCAGGGAGUACCGGUAACAGUCUUCCGACAUUUGCUGAUCCAUCAAGAAGUCUGGUUGGCAGGUAG